AAGGCAGAAGAAGAAACACUACAUUGUUCUUUGGUCCUCCGCUCUCAACCGUCUACUUCCGGCGAAUCUCAUACUCUGUGCGCUAAUGGCGAAUAUAGUUUUAAUGCUACUGCUUUUGCAUCGUCUCAUUUUUUCUUCAAUCGCUCAAGAAACCUUUGACGUUCGUCAACACCUGUCUACCGUAACAAGAUACGAGGUCUCAAAAGGCAUCAAAGAAAACGCUUUUGAUUCUUCGAAAAUUCCUGACCAAUGUUCGCCGAUCCACCUAAAUCUUGUGGCAAGACAUGGAACACGUGCACCUACGAAGAAAAGAAUGAGAGACUUGGAAAUUUUAUCCGUUCAGUUAAAAUCCCUUAUGCAAAAUGCAAAAGAAAAAGGUUACUCUUUGGAGAAACUUCCUUCCUGGUUAACGGGAUGGAGUUCACCUUGGAAGGGGAAAACCAAAGGUGGAGAAUUAAUAAUGCACGGAGAAGAUGAAAUGUAUAAUCUUGGAAUCCGAAUCAGGGAACGGUUUCAGGAACUGUUUAGUGAUGAUUAUCACCCAGACGUAUAUCAGAUAAGGGCAACCCAGAUUCCACGGGCGUCAGCUAGUGCUGUAGCGUUUGGCAUGGGGAUGUUUAGUGGGAGAGGAAAAAUUGGAGCGGGAAAUCAUCGAGCUUUUGCGGUUUUGAGUGAAAGUCGUGCAAGUGAUAUAAUGUUGAGGUUUCAUGAUUGUUGCCAGAACUAUAAGGUUCAUAGGAAACAACAGGAACCUGCUGUUUUCAAGCUUAAAGAACCUGUAUUAGAUGAAAUUACCCGUUCAUUAGCAGCACGUUAUGAACUUAAUUUCACAAUAAAGGAUACUUCCACACUUUGGUUUUUAUGCAAGCAGGAAGCAUCUUUGCUGGACAUAACUAAUCAAGCUUGUGGCCUUUUCAGUAACGAUGAGGUAAAUUUGUUAGAAUGGACGGAUGAUCUGGAGAUGUUCAUAUUAAAGGGCUACGGUAAAUCACUAAAUUAUCGAAUGGGAGUGCCGUUGCUGGAAGAUGUCAUUUCGUCUAUGGAGGCCGCCAUUAAAGCGAAAGAAGAAGGAUACGCAUCCGGCAGUUAUGAGAAGGCGAGGUUACGGUUUGCUCAUGCAGAGACAUUAGUCCCCUUUUCAUGUUUAAUCGGGCUCUUUCUUGACGGAUCUGAGUUUGACCAAAUACAAAAAGAAAAGCCCUUGGAAUAUCCCCUAAAACCCCCACAGAAAAGAACAUGGAGGGGCAGCACGGUGGCUCCUUUUGCGGGAAAUAAUGCUUUAGUUUUAUAUAGCUGUCCGGAAAAUAACACAAGCAAAUACUUUUUGCAAGUAUUACACAAUGAGCAACCAAUCCCAAUGGCUGGAUGUGGGGGUACUGAUUUCUGUCCAUUCCAAAUAUUUAAGGAAAAAAUAGCAGCUGCACACUUGAAGCACAGCUACGAUUACCUAUGUAAUGCCAGCAUGGAAAAACAGCCAGGAAGUAAGUCGUUUGUGAGCCAAUUAUUUGAAAUGCUGAGUUGGAUUUUAUCGGGAAAGAACAAGGAUAAGGCGUCUCCAAAAGUAGAGCUGUAAACAGACCAAUUCACCGGUUUUAGCCUCGAAAACCAGCGUGUCGUUUUGUGGACCCGUAUGCCUCCGGAAUGAGUAUAGUUUUCUUUUGUUUGUUCACCUCGGGGUAAUCGUAAUCUAAUCGAAAAGAUCUUUGAUUGUAGGAUAGACGAAUAAUUUGAUUCAUGUUUUAUAUCAACAAAAUGUUUUCAUAUGUUGUAGUUAUACCUGAUCCGUUUCGCAUUUUAACACGAACCCAUUUGGACAACAAUAUAAUUGAGAACAAAUUUUGACAA